AUGCUGCAAAACCUGUCCUCGAAUUUUGUCCUCUGCUUUGUGGCCUGUGCUGAGUUCAAAUUGCUGUUUGAUCGGGAGGAUGUUCGGCUGGAGCCGUUGGAUGAGCUCAGAAUCAAUCACUGUCGAAGCUGCUCCGUGAUCCUGGGCGCUAUUGACGUUCCACAACAACACCGUGGCCAGUACACGUCAGCACCAGCAGUGGAGAAGAGGCGGGGAGGGGAGGAGAGCGAGGGGGAGAAGCAGGGUUGCAGCGAGUACACCCAGUCAGCAUGGCGAAAGGAAGAGAUGGUUGGAAAGGAAGUGGAAAAGGAGGAGGAGGAUGAAGAGGAGGAGCAGGAGGUAGAGAGGGAAGACGAAAGGUCCCAGCAACGAAUGGUCGAAUCCCACGACCCCGAGAAGAGGAGACGGCGGGACGAGACAGGCGAGGAGGACGAAGCGGAAUCGGCAGAGAAUGCUGGGAAUGGGGAAGAGGAGGAGGAGCGGGGAAUUUGCCACCUGUUUGAACCUGGAGCAUGGUACCCCCCUUCCAGAGCCAGACAGACCAAUCACAGGUGGAGCCCAUCGCUCGCAGUAGAACCGCAUCCAACCGCACGAUUCUCCCGCCAGGCGAUGCAGCAGGCGGCAGCAGCAGGACAACGACGCCAGAUCGUGGACGUCCAAAUGCCGGAGCACCUCCAGGAUCAACGGAUGGGGUAA